UAUUCGCUAAUGCUACAAAAUUUCUAACAGUCCAGCUGUCCAGGAAGGAAAGUAGAUCGAGCAACGAGCGAGCGAGAAAGGAAAGUCAAGGCGACGAUGGCGUCGACGGCGGCGGUACCGUUUUGGAGAGCGGCAGGGAUGACCUACAUAACCUACUCCAACAUCUGUGCAUCGCUUGUUCGAGGCUGCCUCAAAGAACCCUACAAGUCGGAGGCGGCGUCAAGGGAGAAGGUCCACUUCACCAUCUCCAAGUGGGCCAACGGAAAGCCCGAGAAACCUAGUAAGCUUUCCCUGUCUUCCUCCCCAUCAUUGUAUUUCCCGUCACAUUACGAUCGACUGGGUUUUCUUUACCGCAAGGAGCCAAUCGCGGCUUCGAUAUGUAUUGGCUUUUUGUUCUUCCCCUCCUUGAUGAAAUCUUUGCAGCAUGGGGAAUCUUGGAUGGGGAAUGUGUCAGGACAGUGAA